AUGGCUCUUGCCCAAAUGCGGAUCGACGGACUCAACUCCUGCAAACGGUGGGCAACGACUCAGAUCAGCAUGGCUCUUGCUCGAAUGAGGAUCGACGGACUCACCAACUGCGAACGGCGGGCAACGACUCGGGUCAGCAUGGCUCUUGCCCGAAUGAGGAUCGAUGGACUCAACUCCUGUGAACGGUGGGCAAUGACUCAGAUCAGCAUGGCUCUUGCCCGAACAAGGAUCAACGGAUUCACAGUCUGCAAAUGGUGGGCAACGGCUUGGAUCAGCAUGGCUCUUGCUCGAAUGAGAAUCGGCACACUCACAUACUGCGAAUGGUGGGCGACGACUUUGCACGCUUCUUCCACUCCCGAGACUGAACAGCCCGAGCUUCUGCAAAAGUGCCUCAAGGUGGUCCUACCUGUUUGUAAUGGGCAGGACUUCACUGCUCUCAUAAACUCUUCUGACAUCGAGAUAGCCCUCAAUGAAUACGUAUGUCCAGGAGUAGAAAACAGCUUCUACGGCCCUUUCAUAAGAGCCACUAACAUCGCUCUCGCGUGUCUUGAAGAGAUCAAGGUUGAUGGUAUGGGUGCUCCUGCCCUCGCCGUGGACAUGAUAUGCCAGCAGAACGACAUGCCCAUGCACCAAACUCAUCAGUCCAAGAAAUCAACUCAGAAGCCUGACCUCGUGAUUCUUCCUUUGGACAGUGCAUGCGCUUCCUUCCAGGAUGAGAAGGGCGGCAAGAAGGGCAAACAGAAGAACAAACAGAAGGUAGAGAAGGACGACGGGAAGAAUGAUGAAAAGAAUAACGAAAAGCGCAAGAAGAAAUGCAAAGCUCAUAUGGACACGAAUGCAAUGACAAAACCAAAAAAUCUCCUCUGGAAAGAUGUUCUAGCUUGCAUUGAGUUCAAGAGAAAGACGCUGGGGAGGACGAAAGGGAUUAAGUCACCACCCUCUUUGUAUACAGUGACAGACUAUGUCCCUACCAAGCCAGAAUAUCUGCCGGUGGAUCAUCUUCAGGCUGAAGAUCCGGUACCAGGCCUUUCGCAGAUCCCAGCAGCACGAUCUCCAUCCAACACUGCAUCUGCAGUGCCAUCUUCUGGCCUCACUGCUGCGCAGCCUUCCAAGGACAGGUCCAGUUCCAAGCGCAAGGCCGCAGACACUUUGGAAUCUGCCGUGAAAAAAUCCAAGAUGAACCCCGGUGUAGGACACGAGCUGGCGCUGGGCUCGUAUUGA